CCAUACCUCUACCCAUGAAUGUAAUCAUGGGUACAUUUAAGGAGCCAUUUUUAUUUCCUUUUUUGACAUAUAUGGUUAAAUCUUGUCUUGAAAACAAAGUGCAGGAAACGUCUUGAGUUUGACAACAAAAUUCCACAGGCUUUGGAGGGAUAACAGCACAUGAAAGGGGUUUUGGAGCCACUCCCUGGGUGCCUAAAGCUAAAGUACAGAGAAUGGAACCAACUAGGGGGCCUGUUGUCCAGUUUGUAUGCAAAAUAUCACCCCCUCAGUUCCUCCCCCUGCCAGUUCUCCCCCCGUGGAGCCGAGCGUGGAGACCCCAACGUCUCUGUCAGUCUGACUGUUGUAGGUCUGCUCUGCAGUCUGACAUGUAGAUUGACCGGUUACCAUGGAGUGGGUCAUGGAUGUGGGCUGGGGCGCAAUUUACCCAGUAGGCCCCCUGCUUCAUUCAAAGGCCCCAUGCUUAGAGCAUCGAAAGUUUAUGAAAAGAAACAGAAUCAAAAUAUCAUUCAUUUGGAACUUGAUCUUACCACCAAAGUCAAUUUGGGGGACGCGCGGAGAUCCACACAAAGCAUGAUUAACACUAAAGAAAUGUUUCGCCUAUUUUUAGGAACUGGCAUUAUAUUUUAUAUUUGCUUACUAAUUCAAGGGGUUGCUUUCUUGUGUUAAAAAGUUGUGACAAUGUGCUGUGCCAGUAUUUUUUCUUUGUCUUUCAGAUGUAUGUUGAGUGUUGCUCUGUCUAUUCUGGUUUAUGCUUUCAAAGAAUCUAUUAACUCAGUUUGGGAUAGAUAUAUGCCAGAUAUAUAUUGUGAGGCCAAUUUAAUACAGAAACACUAUUGGGGCUUGCUUUAAUGUUUAUAUGCUCUAAUCAAACAAAUAAUGUAGAAAUAAUGAAAAUGAAUGUGCAGAGAAAGGAAAACAUUUUUUUUAAUUAUUAUUACUUUCCUCUACCUAAACAUUAUGAAACAAAUUCACACUGUAAGAAGUAUUUUAUUCUGACAUUACAAAACGAUUUUAAUUUGCACCUGUACGUUAAUAGGAGUAGUAAAGAAAGGAAGAGAGAGACAGAGGGGUAAAAGAAAAGCAGAAAAGGAGAAGCUUCGCAGAAUGAAAGCAUUUUGCCAUAAUCCAAAAAGUAAACAUGUGCCUCAUGGAGGGGAGACAGAAAAAAAUAAAAGCUCCUGCCAGUGCGUCAUACCAAUGAGCGUGUCUCUCCUCUUCCCUUUAAAAUAGUUGAUCUGCCACGCCCACGCCACCAGCCACACUCAGCUGUUACAGUAAGACGCCUUUAGUUUCCACAUGCAUUUAUUCAGCAAUCUGCGGUGCUGAGCAGGAGGGAAGUCUGACAGGGAGUAUCACCACGCGUCGGAUUGAACCCCUUCAGUCAGUUUUGAGCAACUUGUUGCGCAGCUGCUAUUCCUAUCCUCCUCUGUACUGCUGCUGCUGUGCGUUCUCAUCGGCUUCACGGUGGUAGUUUUCUGUAGAGGAAGAACAUAUGGAUGAAGUGAUGAAGCUGGAUAUCGCGGACCCGUGGAGUCGUUUGACCUGUUUGUGUUGGUUUUUAAAGUGAAUGAAGUCCUGCAGCCUACAGUGAAUGUUCGAGUCUCUUUAAUAUGAUCUCAGAGACGGGGGAUGCGGGUCAUGAGCUGGACGCGUCCUUGCCACGGACUAGACUGGAGCCACAGCCUCUUCUACCUGACUUUACUCCUGUGGACCAGACGCAUGAAUGGACUGGCUGACUUUUCAAACUACCUGUCCAGGAUCAUCACCAGUCACUCUGCUCACGCGUGCGAUGGACAGCCUCUGCGGCUCCACUGUCCACGUCACUCCACCAUCUCCAUCCAGUCUGCCUUCUACGGGAGCGGUGAGGUGCGGCUGUGCAGAGCAGACCCUCCACUCAGAGCCCACAACCACAGCUGUUCUGCCUUUACUGCGCUACAGAAGCUGCUGUCAGAGUGUCAGAGCCACAGAGAUUGCCAGCUGCCUGUCAACCACCUGCUGUUUGGGAAGGACCCCUGUCCUGGCACUGCCAAAUACCUCCAUGUGGACUACAAGUGUAAACCAACUGAACACAAAAGACAUGUGGUGUGUGAGGGAGAGAUGAUGACUCUGCGCUGUAAGCCCCCCAGGGUUCUGAACAUCUAUGCAGCUGUCUAUGGGAGAAGUCUGGGUCAGACUGACACCUGCCCCUCACACCUAACAAGACCACCCCCAUUUGAGUGUCUGAACCACGAGGCCAUACACUUGGUGUCCAAGUCAUGCUACAGCAAACAGAAGUGUGUUGUUGCUGUCAGCAACCAGACCUUUAGGGACCCCUGCUUUCCAGGAACCAGGAAGUACCUUAAUGUGGUCUAUUCUUGUGUACCACAGACUCUACUAAAGGAGGCAGACCCUUACAUAUUCAGCUCCACCUCAUCUCCCACUGUGGACACAGUAAAAGCUCCUCCUACAGAUCUGGAGGAGCCUUUUCCCAAAGGGUCAAAAAGGCCAGACAACUCAGGAGCAAUGAUGAGCAACUCUCUCUUGACCUACGCCUACAUCAAAGAGCAUUCAGAAAUGGCAGCGCUGCUGUUCACCUCCAGUGUAUGCAUUGGACUCCUGUUCACGCUGCUGGCUGUGUCAGUCCGAGUGACCUGCAGAGGGCGCCAGCUCAGAGAUCACAGGCUCGCACCCCAGUCUCGUAGCCAGGCUGGCAACUGCCAGGAGGACGCCGAUGAGGAUGAUGAGGAUGAAGAAGAAGAAGAUGAUGAUGAUGAUGAUGAUGAAGAGGGAACAGAAAGCUCUUUGAUCUCAGCCGCGGAAAGGAAGGCGAUGUACGACUGGGAGGAAGUGACUUAUGUGAGCGAGGCAGCUGAACGGGCCGAGAGGAUUGAACGCAGAGAGAUGGUCAUACAGGAGAUAUGGAUGAAUGCCUAUCUGAAUGGCAGUUCGUGUUAACUAAACCGGGACCCCCGGAUGCUGUUCAGCACCUUCAGGUUGUUUUCAGGAUUCUCUGCCGCAGCUCCCAUUCUUUUUAUUAUUAUUAUUAUUAUUAUUAUUAACAAAACAAGAAGCUUGUUUUUUUCUUUACAUUGUAAUGCAGUCAUUCAUAUGUCUUACCAUUUUUGGAGCAGUGCUCACCUUGUGAAGAAUAUAGUGUACAGGUGAAACUGCAGUACUGGAAGCUUAAAGGAUCAACAGGGUUUAAAGCUGUAAAAUAGAUGGUUAUAAAUUCUGUAACUGUUUAAAUCUUGUAUUUAUGAAGCUAAGAUUUCAGGUUGAAAUACUUUGUACUGCUAAAAAAUAAUAGUAAAAUCACUGGUUUUGAUAGAAGUCUCACAGCUGCCAUGUUCAUUUAAAUCAAGUAAAUUUUAUUCAUAUAUGUCACAAAUUUGCCUCAAGGGUCUUUACAGUCUGUACAGCAUACAGCACCCUUUAUCCUUAGACCCUCAAUGGGAAGAUGAAGGAAACCUCAAGAGGAACAAGAGAGGACAAAUCCCUCUGAUGAAAGAUGAUGUGUUUACUGAACAGACCAAGAUAGUAAAAUUACAGUAUGGACAAUCAAAUUGUUCUAUUUUGAAACAUAAAUGAAGACUGUGGAUCUAG